GGGUUCUCGGAGCUUUUCGGAGUAAGUUGGAUGCGCGUCCUUCUCACUCGCAUCCCGAAAGCACAUCGAACCUGUGACGAUGGGGAAGCUCAGGAAACACCGCUUUGGAAUGUUGACCUUUUCCUUCUUUUGUACUUUUCUCUGCUGUGCGCAAAGCGCCAAAGAUCUGAGGGAUCCCAGUAACAUGCCGCUGGUUAAAGACACGGUAGACAGACUGAUGAAAGGCUACGACAUUCGGCUGAGGCCAGAUUUCGGAGGUGCGCCGGUGGCGGUGGGGAUGAAUAUAGACAUAGCCAGCAUAGACAUGGUGUCUGAAGUCAAUAUGGACUACACGUUGACCAUGUACUUCCAGCAGGCCUGGCGGGACAAGCGUCUGUCCUACUCUGAGAUAGCCCUCAACCUGACUCUGGAUAACAGGGUAGCCGACUCGCUCUGGGUUCCCGACACCUAUUUCCUCAACGAUAAAAAGUCCUUCGUCCACGGCGUCACGGUCAAGAACAGAAUGAUCCGACUGCAUCCGGACGGCACCGUUCUCUAUGGUCUCCGGAUCACAACCACAGCAGCCUGUAUGAUGGAUCUGAGGCGGUAUCCUCUGGAUGAACAGAACUGUACACUGGAGAUCGAGAGCUAUGGCUACACCACUGAUGACAUUGAGUUCUACUGGCGAGGGGGAGAUGGAGCUGUGUCUGGGGUGGAGAGAAUAGAGCUGCCUCAGUUCUCCAUCGUGGACUACAAGCUGGUCUCCAAGAACGUGGUCUUCUCUACAGGUUCCUACCCACGUCUGUCUCUGAGCUUCAAGCUGAAGAGGAACAUCGGCUACUUUAUCCUCCAGACCUACAUGCCCUCUAUCCUGAUCACCAUCCUGUCCUGGGUCUCCUUCUGGAUCAACUAUGAUGCCUCCGCUGCCAGAGUGGCCCUGGGUAUCACCACGGUGUUGACCAUGACCACCAUCAACACCCAUCUGAGAGAGACGCUCCCUAAGAUCCCCUACGUCAAGGCCAUAGACAUGUACCUGAUGGGCUGCUUCGUGUUCGUCUUCCUGGCCCUGCUGGAGUACGCCUUCGUCAACUACAUCUUCUUCGGACGGGGGCCCCAGAGGCAGAAGAGGGCCGCCGAGAAACUAGCCGUCGUCAACAACGAGAAACUCCGACCCGACCCCAAUAAGUGGAUGGUGGGAAAUGUAGUUCAGAGAGAUGAUGCUCUGUAUGCCAGAAUGAAACAGAGGGAAAUUGAGGCGUAUGACACGAUGUGGGAUCCCAUCUUUGUGGACGAUGCCGCAUUAGGACUAGGCGAGCAAAGAAAUAAGAUGACCACCUCCCUGACUGAUGACAACAUCCUGUUUGGUUCCCUGGAGAUGAAGAACGAGAUGGGGGGUGUUCCUCCUGAGCUGUCCAGGUCCCUGGGUCCUGGGGGUCUGGGUGACCCGCGCAACACCAUGCUGGCCUACGACAGCUCCACGCUGCAGUACCGUAGGGCCGCCAUGGCCCGACAGAACUACGGUGGAGGACCUCACAGCGCCCUGGAGCGCCACGCCACCCAGAAGAAGUCCCGCCUACGGAGACGGGCCUCGCAGCUCAAGGUCAACAUCCCUGACCUGGCUGAUGUGAACUCUAUCGACAAGUGGUCCAGGAUGAUCUUCCCUACCGUGUUCUCCUUCUUUAACGUGAUCUACUGGCUCUACUACGCUCACUAAGGAGAGAUGGAUGGAGGGAUAUCAUUGAUGAGAGAGAGAGAGAGAGAGAGAGAGAGAGAGAGAGAGAGAGAGAGAGAGAGAGAGAGAGAGAGAGAGAGAGAGAGAGAGAGAGAGAGAGAGAGAGAGAGCACACCUAUUAUUUUGCUAAUUCAUUUUUAAAGAAAUGUGAGAAAAAUAGUUUUGGAAGGAAGGAGCUCUACACCCGAACACUUCUUCUACAGCAUCUAUCUGCCGUGACACUUAUGAUCUGGGAAUAACCUCUAAUGACUGACUGACACGUCAACAGAGGAGAGGAGAGAUUUUAAAAAGACAAGAAAGACAGACAUGGUGCCUAAUCCUGAAGAAAUGUCAAUAUAUCACUCUAAUAUUUGUCAUUUGUAGCUUAACUCUCUGUGGAUCCAAUAUUUAUGCUUGUGUUUGCAUAUACUUUAAGUAUUUGUUUAGUUUUAGUCUAUGUAUUUUGUUCAUAGCCGAGCUAUCUGCAUCCAGGAAACCUUUUCUCGAGGGUUUUAAAGGGGUUCAUCCUUGAUUAAAAUAUUUUCCUGUAGUUCUUUAAAAAGCAUGCUUCUAUUUCAUUUCUGCUGCGUCUCCAUCUUUAUCGAUGGAGCACAAAGCAUUUGAGUUUUUAACUAGUUGAGGUUUUUUCUUCUGUGUAGCAAAGAGUGUCUGCAGAACUCUUUUCACCCCCCAUACUGUAGCUUAGGCUGAGCUUGGGGUUCCAUUGGGGACCAACAACAAUGGGCUACUGUAAGUGAUAGUACCGCAGAUGGUCAAUAGGGCGCACUCUUCUCUAUGGACAUUCCAAUGGGUCUUCAGUGUUGCCGUUUCUGUCCUGCCAAUUUGUGGGUUCGUGACCUUUAACCUAGAGAUCAUGACCCAUCAUCCAUUCUGGCCAUUGAAGUUCCCAUGAAGGUUUCAUAUUUAAAAGUAUGGUACGACCAUGGAUCUUGAAGCUCUGACCUGCCAAGUGUUUUUGACCUGACUUUGUUGUACUGACAGAAUCUAGUAGUCCAUCACAUCAAACUGCCCUGGUUUAACAGAGAGAGACAGUACUGUGUAACCCUUGCCUCUGCAUUGCCAGUGUGGGUGGCAUCAAGGGGUGAGAAUGGCUUUAUUUAUUUAUUACCCAGGGGGGGGGGGAUGCUUAUUUACA